UCCUCUCACGCCCACUUCCAACCUAGGAGGCUUUUGGUUUCUGCUUUUGUUGUUUUUAAAAUUAAAAGUUAAACCCAGGAAGCUUUGAAUCAGACUUUUGCGUGGCACUUCGGCACAUGGAUUAAUUGAUGUAUGUUGAGUUUAUGGCGCUACUUUCUUGUGACCGGCUCUUCCUAGACUUUCUAAGAGGAAGAAGUUGCCCCUGAAUCAAAGAUGCCUCGAACUAAACAGAUUCACCCGAGAAAUCUAAGAGACAAAAUUGAAGAAGCACAGAAAGAACUGAAUGGGGCAGAAGUUUCGAAAAAAGAAAUCUUAGAGGCUGGCAUUAAAGGAACUUCAGAAUCACUUAAAGGUGUGAAACGGAAAAAGAUUGUAACUGAGAAUCACCUGAAAAAAAUACCAAAAUCCCCACUGAGAAAUCCUCUUCAGGCAAAACAUAAACAAAACAUAGAAGAAUCAUCUUUCACAGUUCUUCAGAAUGCUUCCGAGUCCCACAAGAAACAGAACCAUAUUCCUAUAAAAAAUGGGAAGCAAUUUACUAAACAAAAUGGAGAAGCACCUGGGGUAAUUGCCGAAGCCGCUAAAUCUGAAGAAUCCGUCUCCCCAAAGAAUCCCUUGUUUGUGCAACAGCCGUCUGAACUGCACAGUUGGAGGUCAGAAGGCACCGCUCCCACCAAGUUAAACUUCCUGGAUGGAAAAUGUGACUCUAGUUCUUUGUCAAGUAAAAGCAGGACUGACAGUAGUGAAUGUAUCUCUUCUAAUUGUAGUACUACUUCCUCCUCCUAUACAAAUACCGCAUUCGAUGUCUUACUGAAAGCAAUGGAGCCAGAACUGAGCACCUUGUCACAAAAGGGCUCAUCUUGUGCAAUUAAGGUAGAAAAACUGAGACCAAAUAAAACUGUACGCUCACCCACUAAAUUAAAAAAUAGUCCAACAGAUGCCCCGAGUCAGACUUCCCAGGAGUUUGUCACCGAAUCACAGUCCUCUCUGUGUACCUCAUACGCAGUGCAUGCGUCUGCCGCUCAGAAGAACGAGCAAGCAGCGGUGCCAUCAGUUUCUCAUCCCUAUAACCCACACGAACACUUUGUUUCUGCAUCUGCCCAACCCAAUCAGCAGCUUCCAGGGUGUCCAGGUUUCACAAGAUCGUUGACAAAUCUGCAAACUCCAGAGAACGCCAAACUUGAACAAGUUUAUAAUAUAGCAGUUCCAUCAUCGAUAAGUCUCACUUCACCUUCCAGUAGAACUCAGGUUAUUCCUCAAAACCAGCAAAUGGAUUCUGCUCCACCUAUGUCAAUAAGUCCAACAAAUUCCACACAGUCCCCUUCCACGCCAAUUUAUAAUUCAACUCCCAUUGCCUCUGUUCUUAAUCACAGUGUAGAACAAAUGUGCAAUCUUCUUCUGAAAGAUCAGAAGCCAAAAAAGCAAGGCAAAUAUAUUUGUGAGUAUUGCAAUAGGGCUUGCGCAAAGCCUAGCGUGCUUUUAAAGCACAUCCGCUCCCACACGGGAGAGCGCCCCUAUCCUUGUGUGACUUGUGGAUUUUCAUUUAAGACUAAAAGUAACCUGUAUAAGCACAAAAAAUCCCACGCGCACACUAUCAAACUGGGGCUCGUCUUGCAACCAGAUUCGGGUGGUUUGUUCUUAUCACACGAGUCCCCCAAAGCACUUAGCGUCCACUCAGACAUAGAAGACAGUGGGGAGAGUGAUGAUGAAGGCACUGAUGAAAGACACAAUGACCCAGGCCCCGUGGAACUGCCGUCUGUCCAAAUAACGAAGAUGGUAUCCAAUUCUGAAACCGCAUCAAAAUCAAGUUCCAUUCCCAGCAAUCCAGAUUAUGGGGUAGGUGACUUUUCACGACAGGAAAAAUCUUCCGAAUCACAAACUGUGACUGAGCUGCCAAAAGUGGUGGUCCAUCCUGUCAGUGUGUCUCCUUUAAGAACUGACAGUCCAGAGGUGACGGAGUCCCUCCCUGAACUCAGUGCACAGAAGCGGAGGGACCUCCCAGUGACAAAGGUCCUGUCAAAUUCAGCAUGUGUGUCCUCCCGGGAGACAGAUGAGAAGUCCCCUCAGAAGAGGGACGUGGGACACUCAGAAGGGAAGCAAGAACCUCAUGUAGGAACAGUACAUGCCCAGCUGCAAAGGCAGCAGGCUACUGAUUACUCCCAGGAGCAACAAGGAAAACUUCUUGUGAGUCCUCGAAGUCUAGGAAGUACAGACUCUGGUUACUUCUCACGUUCUGAAAGUGCCGAGCAAACAGUGAGUCCACCAACUCCCUUCGCCAGAACCUUAGCCACCACUGAACAAGACUCGAAUAAGAAUAGCAGAGCCUGUGCAUCUCGUAUCAGUACACUAGCUCCUUCUGCUUUACUGACAGGUGAAAAAGCAUUGCUUCUACCAGGCCAGAUGCGCCCACCUCUGGCAACAAAAACCCUUGAAGAACGGAUAUCAAAGCUUAUCUCAGACAAUGAAGCCCUGGUUGAUGAUAAGCAACUGGAUAGUGUAAAGCCACGGAGAACGUCUCUCUCAAGACGAGGAAGUAUCGAUUCCCCCAAGUCAUACAUAUUUAAAGAUUCUUUCCAGUUUGAUUUAAAACCAAUGGGACGGAGAACAAGCUCAAGCUCGGAUAUACCAAAGUCCCCUUUCACCCCGACUGAGAAAUCGAAACAAGUUUUCCUUCUGUCUGUACCUUCUCUUGACUGUUUACCUAUUACUAGAAGUAAUUCUAUGCCUACCACAGGUUAUUCGGCAGUACCUGCAAAUAUAAUACCUCCCCCUCAUCCACUAAGAGGAAGUCAGUCAUUUGAUGACAAAAUUGGCUCUUUCUAUGAUGAUGUCUUUGUAUCGGGACCCAACACUUCUGUGCCCCAGUGUGGACAUCCCCGUACACUUGUCAGACAAGCAGCAAUAGAAGACUCUUCAACAAAUGAAAAUCAUGUUUCUCUGGGUACUGGGCAGUCCGUGGAUGAAAGCUAUCAAGGAUGUAAUGCCUCUAGUGAAACUGUGUCAGCAAGGAACAAGUCACUGGCACAAGCAUCAAAUUUAGAGAAAAAGAAAUCUCACCAAGGGCGAGGGACAAUGUUUGAGUGUGAAACCUGUAGAAACAGGUAUCGAAAACUGGAAAAUUUCGAAAACCAUAAGAAAUUUUACUGCUCAGAGUUACAUGGACCCAAAACAAAAGUAGCCGUAAGAGAGCCAGAACACAGCCCUGUGCCCAGCAGCACACAGCCUCAGAUUCUGCACUACAGAGUAGCUGCUUCCACAGGUGUCUGGGAACAGACGCCCCAAAUAAGAAAAAGGAGGAAAAUGAAAAGUGUUGGUGAUGAUGAUGAGCUUCAGCAAAAUGAAAGUGGAGCCUCUCCAAAAAGCUCUGAAGGUCUUCAGCUUCAGAAUACUCUGGGCUCUCCUUCCAGCUUGUCCAAACAUAGUGUCGCUAUACCAAGUGACCACCAGCAGAAAAAUAUCCAGUUGCAAAGCUCACAAAUUCUGCUUGUUGCCAGGGGAUCCGACCAGACCACUGAUCCAAAGCCGGCUACCAUGGUGGAGCAACAGAUAAGUUCAGCUGCCCAGGAAAAGACAGAGCUGAAAAGGCAUGGAGCUGGAAUCUCCGUCAUACAGCAUACAAAUUCACUGAGCAGACCCAGUUCAUUUGACAAGCUUGAGUCUUUUGAAAGAGGUUCUCCCGUUUCCUUCCAGGAGCUGAGUAGGACAGUGAAGCCUGGGUCUCUGAAAGCAGUGGGGAUUUUUCAAGAGGAAGGCCACCCUUCUCUGAACGCCUCUCAUCCUCACCAGCCUGUGUUAUCAGACACUCUUAGAGGAGAACUUCUAGAAAGUUCCAGAAAGAUUUCAAGUGAAAGAAAUGUGUUGGGACAGCCCUCCAGACUUACGCGACAGCACAAUAUCCAAGUCCCAGAAAUCCUGGUCACAGAAGAGCCAGAUCGAGAACCCGAAGCCCAAGGCCAUGAUCAAGAAAAAUCAGAAAAGUUCAGUUGGCCUCAGCGUAGUGAAACCUUGUCAAAAUUGCCGACAGAGAAACUGCCACCAAAAAAGAAAAGACUUCGGCUGGCCGAGAUGGAGCAUUCCUCAACAGAGUCGAGUUUUGAUUCCACUCUGUCCAGGAGUCUAAGUAGAGAGAGUAGUUUAUCACAUACCUCAAGUUUCUCAGUUUCGCUAGACAUAGAUGACAUUUCUAAAACGGAGUCUUCCCCCAAAAUCGAUUUCCUAAACAAAGCAGAGUUUCUGGUAAUUCCACCUGGCUCAAAUAUGCUUCACGUUCCGGGAGCUCACCGGGAAAUGAGACGGGCUGCCUCAGAACAGAUUAAUUGCAUGCAGACAUCCAUGGAGGUCUCUGAUGUCCGAAGCAAAUCAUUUGACUGUGGAAGCAUAACUCCAUCCCAGGCGAUGCCACCCUCUGGCAUGGGAGUUACUGGGCACGUGCCCCUCUUGGAGAGAAGAAGAGGCCCAUUGAUACGGCAGAUAUCUUUAAAUAUAGCUCCAGAUAGUCAUGUGCUUCCUGUGACCCCAUCGUCUUUCCAAACUAUUGCUCCUCCGGGCAUGAACCCAGUGCCAUUUCAGGGACCUCAGAUCACUAAUACAUCAUUAGUUGAGUUUCCUACAAACGCUUUGCAUCCCCAGACCCAAGUUAAGGACCUGCGAACAGACACUUCAAAGUCCAACUCCACUAACGUCUUUCCUGUCCAACAGCUUUUUGGUCUUAAUUUGUUAAAUCAAACCCAUGCACCUUCUAACCACCAAAAUGCACAGAUGUCUCUGAAAGUGGCUGCACGGGCUGACAAACCAGACACGAGUCCCGCCUUGUGUGCGUCUUCCAAAAGCGAGGAUUGCUUCGCUCCCAAGUACCAACUGCAGUUUCAGGUUUUAACCUCAAGCCAGACUUACUCUUCUAAUCCUGCACAUUCUUUGCCAAAUCAGGUUCUUUCAGAUCCAGCUGGUGCAGGCCAUUGCAUGACAUCCUUAGCGUUACCAACCAAAGUGGUAGAUAAUGUGUCCGAUUCAUGUGCUCUGCCACCACCAAAGCUCGGGACCCUCGGUGGUCAGGUACAGAAGGUGUCGUCAUCCUUCAUGGUGCCCGUGCGUCUUCAGAGUAACAUCCCAGCCUAUUGUUUCUCUACAGUCACAUCCUUGCCACAGAUUCUAGUGACCCAGGAUCUAUCAAAUCAACCAAUUUGCCAGGCUAAUAAUACUAUAGUGCCAAUCAGCGAAGAACAAAAUUCCUUGCCAAAAUCUCAAAAAGAUCACCAGAACGCUUUGCCAAACCCAGAGAAGGAACUUGUUGGUGAACAUGUUUUUUCAGAGCUGUGCCAGAAGUCUUCUCUGUUGGAAUCCUUGCCUAUAACUCAGAAAAUGUCUGUUGGUAGACUUUCCCCCCAACAAGAAUCUUCGACUUCAAGUAAAAGGAUGCUUUCCCCAGCAAACAGUUUAGACAUUGCCAUGGAAAAGCACCAGAAGCGGGCUAAAGAUGAAAAUGGAGCUGUUUGCACGACAGAUAUUGGACCAUUGGAACCACUGAGUUCCAGAGCUAAUGAAGUUAAACAGAAGAAACCUGUCUUAGUGAGGCAGGUUUGUACUGCAGAGCCCACUGAAGGUGUGAUACUGGAGCAGGAUGUUCUCCCCCAAGCUGAGACUAGUAGGGAGGCUAUCAAUUUGACUGAUGUUUUACCAACUGGUAGUUCUUCAUCAGGCCACCCUGACUCUGGAGUCAUAGAACCUAUAAAUGAAUUGCAGGAAUUUGACAACAUCAAGCCCUCCACAUCACUAAGUCUUACAGUUAGAAGUUCACCUGUCCCUUCAGAAAAUAUUCACCUUUUGCCUUUGAAAAGUAUAGACAAUAACCGAGAAGGGAAGUCUCCAUCAACGGUUAAGAAUCAAGGGGGCAACACACAAGAAAUGAAAUCAGCCAGCACUCUUUCAGUGUUUAAUACCGGAGACACACAGCAGCGGUCCUUUCCCAGUCUGAAGACCACAACCAGCUUUACAUGGUGUUACCUACUAAGACAAAAGUCAUUGCAUUUGCCUCAGAACGACCAGAAAACUUCAGCAUAUACUGAUUGGACAGUGAGCGCCAGUAAUCCAAAUCCACUUGGUUUACCUACAAAAGUUGCUCUUUCUCUCCUUAAUUCAAAACAGAAGACUGGAAAGUCACUAUAUUGUCAAGCACUAGCAACUCAUUCCAAAUUAGAUCUAUUGGUCUACUCAAGCAAGUGGAAAAGCAACUUGAGCAAGAGAGCAUUAGGUAAUCAAAAGUCCACAGUAGGUGAAUUCAGCAAUAAAGAUGCCUCUGAAAUUAACAGUGAACAAGAUAAAGAAAAUUCCUUAACCAAAAGUGAACCAAGAAGAAUUAAAAUAUUUGAUGGAGGAUAUAAGUCAAAUGAAGAGUAUGUAUAUGUCCGAGGCAGGGGAAGAGGAAAGUACAUUUGUGAAGAAUGUGGAAUACGUUGUAAGAAACCUAGCAUGUUAAAGAAACACAUACGAACCCAUACUGAUGUCCGCCCCUACCACUGCACUUACUGUAACUUCUCCUUUAAGACUAAAGGAAAUCUGACAAAACACAUGAAGUCCAAGGCACAUAGCAAGAAAUGUGUGGAUUUAGGCGUCUCAGUAGGUUUAAUAGAUGAACAAGAUACAGAAGAAUCAGAUGAGAAGCAGAGAUUCAGUUACGAGCGGUCGGGGUACGACAUUGAAGACUCGGACGGCCCCGACGAGGAUGACAAUGAGAACGAGGAUGAUGACGAGGACAGCCAGGCUGAGUCCACCCCGUCCGCGGCCCCCUCCGUCGCAGCCAGCCCGCAGCACCUGCCGUCCAGAAGCAGCCUGCAGGACUCCGUGAGUGCGGACGAGGAGACCAGGGUCCCCGACGGCUUCUCCGGGGCACACGCGGACCCGAUGGACGUUCUGCCGAGAGCGUUGCUCACCAAGAUGACGGUGCUGAGCGCAGUGCAGUCGGAUUAUGGUGGGAAGACACGGUCUCCCGGGAAGACCAGGCAGCAUGCUGCGAAAGAUGACGACGAGUCAGUCUCCUGUGGAGACUCCUCCAGGUCACCCGAAGCUGCGCCCAGAUCUCCGUGUCAUCUGAUGUCUGUGGACGACCCUGAGGCAGAAGACGUCCUGAGGUGCUCUGUGGCAGGAAAGGCUGUUGCUUUAACACAGAACGCGUCGUCUGGGAGACUCCGUCCUCCUGCAGCCGAGCCCAGCCCUCAGCCAGCCGCGGUGGUUUGCUCAGUGGCCUUGCCUCAUGCUGACACUCAAGAACAGAGGCAGCAAAUCGGUCCCUCUCCCCAGACUCACUUGUUCAGCCACCUUCCUUUGCAUUCUCAGCAGCAGUCAAGGACACCUUACAAUAUGGUUCCGGUUGGGGGGAUCCACGUGGUGCCUGCUGGCCUCACGUACUCUGCCUUUGUACCCAUUCAGACGGGGCCAGUGCAGCUCACGAUUCCUGCCGUCAAUGUCAUCCACAGAACUGUGGGCACUCCUGGGGACACAAUCACAGAAGUUUCUAGCACUACACAUCCCGCUGGAGUGGCUGAGCUGAGCAGUGUUGUGCCGUGUAUUCCCAUCGGCCAGAUCCAGGUGCCGGGCCUUCAGAACCUCAGCACGCCGAGCUUGCCGUCUCUGCCCUCACUCAGCAUGGAGACUGUCAGUAUCCUAGGCCUGGCCAACGCCAACAUGGGCCCGCAGGCGCGUCCGCCGGGACUCGCCCUGAAUGCCGUAGGCCUGCAGGUCUUAGCUGCAGACCCUUCCUCACAAAGCAGCCCCAGCCCUCAGGCACACAUUCCGAGUCUCCAGAUUGUGAACAUAGCCUUGCCUACUCUGAUUCCCUCAGUGAGCCAGGUGACUGUCGACACCCAGGGAGCUCCAGAAGGACCAGCGUCCCAGAACCCAGCGCUCGAGACGCAGCCCAAGCCGACUGCAGCAGCCACUGCAGAUGAGGUCGGCAGGGUCGAAUCUCCUCAGGGGUCACCUAAAGUCCAGCGGGAAAAUGCAAAAAAAUCAAUCGAUCCGCCUGCCCCGGCCACUGACCUGGCAAGGCUUGAUGGCGCAAGUGAAGUGGGCACCAAGAAGGCCGCCUCUGUCACCCACGUGACGCCAAAGCACGAACUCCCAUCCAUGCGGGCUCAGCGGGCAUCGGCGUCGGAGCCUCUGCUGGACACGCAUCUGGAAGGGCCCACCCAGCCCGCAGGCUCCCAGACCCUGUCUCCACACAGACAGGCCCGUCGGCCCGCAGGCCCACCCCGCAGACAGAUCACCGGGCACUUCAGUGACGCCAGCAGCGAUGACGAGGACCGGCUUGUCAUAGCCACCUAGCGGGUUUUGUUUUAUGUUGUUGGUUUUUUUAAUAUAACACUUAAAGGUUUUUUUGAAAACCCUCCUUUCCUUAAAGCACAUUUUUCUGACAUAAACUCAUUACUAAUCUUUGUGCAAUCAUGAACUUUUGACCAAUAAUUGUUGUUUUGUGUCUGCUCCAGCCAUUUUUGUACAUGUUGUAUAGACAAUUGUGCCUUUUAGGAGUUUUCUGUUUCCAAACUGUACAGAUUGUUGAAUAUCUAUAUACAUAAAGUAUAUAUUAUAUAUGUAUAUUAAAACCAGGUAGUUAUUUGUGUUUAGUAAGAAAAACCUGUCAAAUAAAUCAAAUGAUUAAAUUAUAUGUUGCACUGUUAAAUAUAAAUUUUUAUGGCCAUGGGGCAGAGUUUCUGUGUACAAAUUAGUACGUAAACUCCAUAUUUAUUGUGUUCAUAUUAGUCUUUGAAAAUCGGUCUGUCCUCCUCCUUGUGUAAGACAGUAACUUUCCACGUCCGACAGAUUUUCUGUGUUACGAAAUGUUUCAGUAAAAUACUGUUUACUGA